AUGACAAGUACUCUUUCAAAUAAACUGGAUCCAAAUGAUCCUAUUAUUGACCAUGAAGAAGGCCAACUCUUCUUGAAUGAAACAUUCAAACUUUUAGUGGAAGAGGUUCUCCGCAAGGGCACAGACGCCAACGAGAAGGUCUGUAGGUAUGAGGAGCCGCAGGUGCUGGCCAAGAUUAUGGACCUGGAGUUGAAAGAGGCAGGAGAGCCCCAUGAGCAGCUGCUUCAGAGAGUCAGAGAUGUUGCCACUUACAGUGUAAAGACAUGUCACCCACGUUUCUUUAACCAACUGUUUUCUGGUGUUGAUUACCACUCUUUGGCAGGAAGCUUCAUGUCGGAGACCCUCAACACUAAUCUUUUUACGUAUGAGGUGGCUCCUGUGUUUGUGCUGAUGGAGAUUGAGGUGCUUCGAGCAUUGCGUCUCCUUGUGGGAUGGACACAAGGAGAUGGGCUCUUCUGUCCGGGAGGCUCCGCCUCAAAUAUGUACGCUAUGAACUUGGCACGAUACCGACUUUUCCCUGAUGUCAAAACCAGAGGGCUGUGGAGCUUGCCACAACUGGUUAUGUUUACCUCUCCUGAAAGCCAUUACUCUGUGAAGAAAGGAGCCGCUUUUCUGGGAAUUGGCACAGAUAAUGUCACUCUUGUUGAUGUAGAUGAUAGAGGCCAUAUGAUUCCUGAGGACUUGGAAGAAAAGAUAAAAUGUGCAAAAGCCCAAGGGACAGUGCCAUUUCUUGUAAGCUGCACUUCUGGAACUACCAUCCAAGGAGCAUUUGACCCCCUUGACCGCAUCGCUGAUGUUUGCGAAAAGUAUGAGUUGUGGAUGCAUGUUGAUGCUGCGUGGGGCGGAAGCGUGCUCUUCUCAAAGCAACACAGACACCUGAUGAAAGGAGUUCAGAGGGCAAAUUCCGUGGCUUGGAAUCCCCACAAAAUGCUUACGGCUGGUCUUCAGUGCUCCGUCCUGCUGCUGAAAGAUACUACGAAUCUGUUGAAGAAGUGCCACAGUGCCCAUGCCUCCUACCUCUUCCAGCAAGAUAAGUUCUAUGAUGUGGAUCUCGACAUAGGGGAUAAAUCCUUGCAGUGCAGUCGCAGAGUAGAUUGCCUGAAGCUGUGGUUGAUGUGGAAAGCGGUGGGUUCCAGCGGAUUGGCUGAGCGAGUCAACAAAGCUUUUUCCAAUGUUAGAUAUUUGACAGACAAGAUGAAGAAAACCGAUGGAUUCAAGUUGUUGAAUGAGCCAGAAUUUGUGAAUCUUUGCUUUUGGUAUAUACCACCCAGUCUGAGGGGAAAGGAAUUAAAUGAAGACUAUGAAGAUCAACUUGCAAAGGUGGCACCAGUCAUUAAAGAGCGCAUGGUGAAACAGGGUUCAAUGAUGGUUGGGUAUCAACCUCUGAGAGACAAAGUCAACUUUUUCCGUGUGACUGUGUUCUCUCCGUUGCUUCCGGUAGUGUUUCCGGUGUGUGUUUGUAAACUGUACAGAAAACUGAAGUGCGACUACGAGACAAAACAAACCAGCACUAGUCUGCUUCUAAAGACUGGUUUGCUGGACUGUGAAGCAGUGUUGUGUCGUCCAGCAUGGCACUAA